AUGGCACCCUCAGGGGGUGAUCCGUAUCGAUCACCACCGAUUAUACGAAAACGGACGUCAUUCCCUUUAUUGGUGGUAUUCCGUAAACUGCUCAGUCUGCUGGUCACCUUAUUGUUCAUCAUUGUCGUUACCGUCAGUAUUCCCGUCUACCUCAUUCUAGGCAUUAUUGGAUUCGUCAAAAAGAAAUCACGGCGAUGGACGUACGAAGACGGGUGUUGUACGCAUCCAUGGCCGAUUAGUGGUACGAUUCCAGAAUUAGCGGGUAUGAUACUGACGGGUAACGUAGACAUGGACGCACUUAAUGAUGGAAUUCAACGGGUCAUAGCUGAUAGUCGAUCAAAUCUUUAUAAAAAUCCAUCCAGUGAUGUUAGCUCUCAACUAGGUAAAUUAUGGGAUCAAAGCAGUUAUCGAUUGACAACCGAUAACGAUUUAUUGGACCUUCAACGACAGGAGAAUGUGUUACCAACACAUCAAACCACUUUGUCGUUAGUACCUGAGUAUUCACAUGCUCUUAAGAUGGAGCCUCACGAACCUCUCCAAGGUUGGCAAGUUCAUGUAUUUGGUGGAUUUCUUCACACGGCUAUUUGUAUGAGCGUUAAGUUCGCAAUGGAUGGCCCGUAUUCUUUGUUGGCACUUGCCUUACGGGGACAAAACCCCGUUUGGAAAUAUUUGGAAUCCAAAGAUCAUGUGCUUGCUAGGAAUCGGAGAGGGCCAAAGGUAUUGACACAUCAGGGCUCGUCGUCGAUUUUGAUGGACGUCAUUCCAGAAGAUGCUUCAGAUGGAAAAAGUCCCGUACAUCGAAUACAACGUGACUCGUCUCUACUUAAGAACGUAGCUGUGCCUGCCAUGCAUCGUCGAUGUUGGAUGACUAUCAAACAUCCAGAAUUGUUACUGCGAGCCGAAAAGCUUCUACGUGCCACCACUUCUGAGCUCUACAUCUCAUUGAUCGCAGGCUCAUUGAGGAAUUAUUUUCGGGAGCAGGGAAUUCUCCAUCCACCCGAUUUGGCGUUCGUUGCCCCUUGCACCUCACGUGGGUUUGCGCCGAUCGUUGAGCGUUGCGAAACGAAUCUGCUCUCAUUUCAGUUGCCGACGAGCGUAGAAGGAGCGAUUCCUCGAUUGUGGGCGGUACAACGAAGCGUUGCAAAAGUGAUGGACGGCCCAUUGUUAGGAGCGCUGACGAUUUUUCAAACCAUCACCCGAUUCUGUCUCCCGACGGCAAUCGCAAAAUGCGCCCUUCGGGUCGUUUAUCGCUCACAUGCUGUCUACUUUGCCUUCUACAGAGUCAAUAACAACAGGAUCGCUUCUGAUGCUCUUAUUCGGACGAUGUUCGUUUUUCCAUCAUUGGCUGCAUCGGUAAGAGCGGCGUUUGUAUUCGUGCAACAUGGCGAAGGCAUCGAUGUAAGCGUAUCGUUGUGUAAUCGGACUUUUCCGGAACCACAUCGCGUACUGGAUUGCUUUCAGCGUGAAACUCAGCUACUUCUUGAUCACCUCUCCCUCCGACUACUUUCUCUUCCACAAAUUACCGUGCUACCCGGUGUACCAGCAUGCCUUCGACACGAACGAACCGAAAACGAAGUAGACAGUGACACUUUUGGUGCAAACGCCUAUCUUAAUCAAAAGACUGAGCAGCCGGAAAUCAAACUUGAACGCGACUAUUCACUUGAAGAACUCUAUCAGCUCUUAGAUGUUGUGCAAAACGAACUCGACAGUAUGCGAUCGAACCCAGAAGAGGGUCUUCGAAGCCAUUAUAUCGAACGAUUAACUCGACUCGAAGAGCAAAUGCAGAACUUCCAUGAGUGCAUCUCCCAAAAACUGAGUGCUGAGAAUGUUGGCGUACGUAGUGGCGAUGAAGAAGUUGGUGAUGCCAUUGCCAGUGUUUUGGCUCCAUACCGCGAAGAACCAGGGGAGGAAAAGGCUUAUGCCAUUGCGUCAUCUGUUUCCAUGAAUCCUGUAACCGCACAUCGGGCUUGCGACGGUUUAGCCGAGAGUACUCCCGAACUGAAACGUCGACCACAAGCCGGAAAAGUUCAAGAGCUUCAAUCUGAGGCCUGGAUAUGUCGACGUACGGUAGAGAGCUGA